UCUGAAAUGUCAUUAAUGGCGAUCAAGAGUUUCACGGCAGAAGUCCUCCAUUCCAGUCAAUAGCCACCAUUAAAGAAGAAGCAAAGCAUUUCUCAGAGAAAAAUAAUAAUAAUAAUGGAUUCAGUUCUCACUAAAACAAAACUCCAGUACUAUGAUGACAUGUGGAAACUUGAAUCACAAGCCACCAUUAUUUCCUUCUCCAAGGAAGAAGAUGGUAGGCUUGCUUUAAUAUUAGACUCCGCCAUUUUUCACCCUCAAGGCGGAGGCCAACCGGCAGACACUGGUUUCAUCACAACUCCCGCUAGUUCUAAUGAUUUCAAACUGAAAUUCUUAGUGCAAGAUGUUCGGUCCAAGGCUGGAAUUGUUUAUCAUUAUGGAGCUGUGGAGGAGGAUUUCGGUGGCGAUUUGAUUGGACAAGAAGUGGUUUUGUAUGUUGAUGAGUCCAGGAGGAAGCUUAAUUCCAGGUUGCAUUCUGCUGGGCAUUUAUUAGAUGGUUGUUGCACUUUGCAGACUGUGGGAUUAGGACAUCUUGAACCAGGAAAAGGCCAUCAUUUUCCUGAUGGGCCGUUUGUUGAAUAUAAAGGCACAAUUCCUCAAAAUGAAUUGCAAAGCAAGCAGAAAGAAAUAGAGGCAGAAGCUAAUGAUUUGAUUUCUAAAGGCGGCAAAGUUUCAGCUGCUAUAUUGUCAUAUGAAGAAGCUUCCAAAAUAUGCGGUGGUUCUCUUCCUGAUUAUAUUCCUAAGGAUAGCACCCCUCGUAUUGUGAAGUUAGGGAGUCUUCCUGGUUGUCCUUGUGGCGGUACUCAUGUUUCCGACAUUUCAGAUAUUAAAAGCAUGAAGGUUUCUCAAAUUCGGACGAAGAAAGGAACGACAAAAGUAUUUUAUAGCGUUGGCUCAUAAAAUUGACAUGUUUUUAGACAAAGCUGGCAUUUUAUUAAAUAUAUAUAGUUGGAGUGGUCUAAAGAUAUAGUAAGAUGUUGUAUCAGUGUCCAUCUGGAUUUGGCCUCUUGUUUCACUUCCAGAAGAAGGAAUGUAUUAAAGAUGUUCUAUAAAUUUCUAUAGCAUAAUUAGAAAAAAUAAAACUGAUAGAGCAGGAAUUAUCGGACAGCAAAAA